AGACUUAGGCAUGAACGAAUUUAAUUCAUUUUUAUACCAAUACAAUCUCACAAAAUUAGAAAUCGAAGAAUGUCUUUAAAAUAUAAAUAAUUGGGUAUUAUCGCGCCCUUUAGAUACCACACUACUUUCUGGUCCUGGAAAAACAUACAUAAAACCAGAACCAUAUGGUGUAGUGUUAAUUAUGGGUGCUUGGAAUUAUCCUUUAUAUACUUGCCUGCCUUAUUUCGCUUAGGCAUUAUGUGCUGGAAACACUAUAUUGUUAAAACCUUCUGAACUAUCAGAAAACACAUCAAAGACUAUAAAAAAAUUAAUCGAGAAAUACACAGAUUAAGAAUGUUAUAAAUGCAUAGAAGGAGAUUAUUUACUAUCGAGUAAAUUAACUUGUUUAAAAUGGGAUUUAAUUAUGUUUACAGGAAGUCCGGAAAAAGGAAAACUUGUUUCGAAAGCUGCUGCAGAAAAUUUGGUCCCAUGUAUAUUGGAAUUAGGGGGGAAAAACCCUACUAUUGUAGAUUAGGAUGCUAAUUUAGAAAGUGCGGCUUUGAGGAUAAUUUAAGGAAAAUUUAUCAAUUGUGGUUAGACUUGCAUUGCUGCGGAUUAUGUUUUUGUACAUGAGAGUGUUAAGGAGGUUUUAAUGAAAAAAUUCGGGGAGAAAUUAAAGAGCUUUUUCGGAGAUAAUGCCCUAAUGUCGGAUGAUUAUAGUAGGAUUUUGUCUGUUUAGCAUACAUAGAGGCUUGUUUAGAUGAUUAAAAUAGAAGAUCAUUAAGGAGAAAUAGUUUAUGGAGGGUAAUAUGAU